CUCGGUGCGCUGUUAAAAGGUAAACAAAAAAUUAGUCUAAAAAUGACGUUCGGACAACAAUACAAAUAAUUCCUUUAAAAUGGCAAGAAAGAAAAUAUGUCGAGUUUGCAUUAAUACCACCAAUCAGAUGGUGGAUAUCUUUGGCCAGAAACCAAAAUCCGGGAUUCCACUUUCCGAUUUAAUACUCCAGUGCACCGGUAAUACCGUCAAGACGGAAGACCCAUAUCCAGACUUUUUAUGCAUGUCGUGCCUGAAAGAGCUCCAAGAUGCCUCUGAAAUAAUAGAAACAUUCAAACGAAGUCAUCAAUUCUUCUGCCAACUGAAGGAACAGAAAGAUCGUGAGGAGGACCCACCGGAAGAAGAGGCCGGCAGGCCGUUGGAAGAUGGUGAUGAUAUCUACACUAUAGACCUGAUUUCGGACCAAAGUGACGAUGCCAAUUCAGAGGAUGAUAAUUGCCCAGUGAAGAACGAGCCAAUCGACGAAUAUAUAUAUGAAGAUGAGGAGAUUGAGAAGCUGGCCGAAAGCAAUAAAGACAACGAACCUAUUAAUUUUGAUAUCAUUGUAAAGGAAGACGAAGAAUUGAGAGAGAACGAGGAUACCGUUUCAGAAGGCAUUACUAUUUCGGACGAAGAUGAAGACGAAGUGCCAGUUCAGUUCAAGUGUCAUUUGUGUCCAAAGAGUUUUACAACGAAAAUAGGUCUAAUACGACAUAACAUAUUCCACUCUGAUAAGCUACCGUUCAAGUGUCCCCAUUGCCCCAAAUCGUUUCGCCGAAAGGCCAAUCAUAAGGAACACGUGCUGAGCCACAGCAAAGAGCGUCAACUGAAAUGUAACCUUUGCCCAAGAACAUUUAUGAGAACCCGAUACCUUGAGGAGCACAUCCUCGCCCACAGGGGCGAACGUCCCCACAAAUGUGAGGUUUGCUCGAAGGAUUUUCGCCGAUUGAGGGAUCUCAAAAGACACCAUGUGGAGACUCACAUGCAGGAGCGUCCCUUCCAGUGUCCAACUUGCCAGAAAUCUUUCGGAAGAAACACUACUCUCACUCUUCAUUUGGAGACACACACCAAUAGGACAUUGUAUAGAAAAAAACGUGUAGAAUAGAACAAAACCAACUAUCGAAUCUAGAUGUUUAAUAUU